AUGGACGCGAGUGAGCGCGAUGUGCCGGGUACGACGCGGCCUGAUGACCCCGUCAAGCAAGAAGACGGGGAGGGUGCGCGUCCUACUGUCGAAGAAAGCCGUGACAUAGAGAAAGAAGCGGACCAUCAAGACGGCCAUGACCACGAAGCCCACGAGGAUGCGGAAGGGGAGGAGGAGGAAGGAGAGGACGAAGACAAUGACGACGACGGAGAAGAAGAAGAAGAGGAGGAGGACGAGGAGGAAGACGAAGAAGACGACGACGAGGAAGAGGACGGUGAUCGUCGACGAAAAAAGCCGCGUCGGAAUCGCUUCCUUGAUGUCGAAGCGGAAGUUGAUAAUGAUGAUGAGGAGUUUGAGGACGAGGAAGCCGAGGAGCUACUUCGAGAGGACGGAUUUAUUGCAGAUGACGGCCUGGAGGAGUCGCGGGAGGCUCAGCUCAAGACGGCGGCCGAUAACCAGCGUCUGGAUCACAUGCGUCGCAAGGAAGAGGAGAUGAGUGCGGAGGCUUUGGCCGAGGAGCUGCGUCAGCGCCACGCGCGCAGCUCGCGGUAUGCGUCGCAGUCUGACUAUGCCGAAGUGCCACAGCGCCUGCUGAUGCCUAGUGUGAAUGACCCUGGUCUUUGGCGUAUUCGAUGUAAGCGUGGGCGCGAACGAACCUUGGUAGCGACGGUGCUGCGUCGUGCGCUGACGCGAGAGGCGAGUGGGCGUCCUCUGCGUAUCUACUCGGCCUUUUGCCGUGACUCGCUGGACGGCCAGAUCUUUGUCGAAGCGCGACGCGCGGACGAUGUGCUGGAUGCGUUUGACGGAUUGGCUGGUGCCUAUACGACGAACACCAAGCCGUUCCUGGUGCCGAUUCUGGAGAUGGCGGACUUGCUCAAGCUGGAGAAGAAAAAUACCGAGGUGCCUGUGGGCGGAUGGGUGCGCAUGAAGCGCGGCAAGUAUGCGGGCGAUCUAGCGCAGGUGCUUGAUGUGGCGGAGAAUGGCGAGGAAGUGGGUGUGAAACUGGUGCCGCGAAUUGAUAUGGCGCCGCAGGAGCAUGAUACAUAUACAGACCGAGCGGGCCGCAAGCGCAAGAAGAAGGUGAAUUCUGCGCUCACGGCGCUGGGUUUCCGCCCGCCGCCGCGUCUCUUUAAUGCGGAAGAGGUGCAGAAGGCGUAUCCGAACGACCUGCCCACGAAGCGCGGUGGUGUUUGGGUGUUUGGCGGCGAGACGUUCCGGGAUGGAUACUUGGAGCGAGAUGUGAAAAUCAGUGCGGUCCAGGUGCAGGAUGUGCAUCCGAGUCUGGAUGAAGUGCUCAACUUCACGGGCGAGACGCCUGACGACCAAGCUGGUGGUGUGGACCUGAACCUGCUGGCGGAUGCGUCCAAGCAGACAUGGGAGGCGACGCUGCAGCCAGGCGACCACGUCGAGGUGUUUGAGGGCGAGCAGGCUGGUGUGUCUGGCACGGUCGAUGCGAUGAGCGGCGACGUUGUGACGCUCGAGCUGCCUGACGAUGCGCUUGAUGGCCAAAAGAUCGAGGUGCCUGCGAAGUGCGUACGGAAGCAGUUCCGUGCGGGUGAUCACAUCAAGGUGCUGAAUGGCAAGCAUGCGAAUGAGACAGGUCUCGUGGUCAAGGUGGAAGAGGGUAUCACGACGUUCCUCUCGGACCUGUCGCUGAAGGAAGUGUCUGUCUUUUCGAAGGACAUCCGCGAGGCGGCUGAGGUCGGCUCGGGUGUGAAUGUCAUUGGCGGAUACGAGCUGCAUGACCUUGUGCAGCUCGAUGCUCAGACGGCGGGUGUGAUUUUCAAGAUUGAGCCUGAGACCUUCAAGGUGCUGGACCAGAACGGACACGUCGUGACCGUCAAGCCGCAUCAGAUUAGCAUGCGGCGGGACACGGCGCGCUCGGUCGCCCUCGACUACAAUGGCCACGAAGUGCAUGCGGGCGACAUGGUCAAGGAGGUCGAGUGGCCCCUAUCGCAGUUCCGCCAGGGCCAGGUGGUCCACAUAUACCAGUCGUCGCUGGUCUUUGUGCACAACCGCGAGUACAAGGAGAAUGGUGGCCUGUUUAUUGUGCGUGCGAACCACGUCGAGCCGCUCGCGCCCACGAAUGUGAAGCCACGCACGGACCCAUCGCAAAUGAACCCGGCGCUCAAGGCCAUGGAUGCCGACGCUGGUGCCAAUGCAUCUGGACCCCGACGAGGUGGCCGCGACAUCUAUGCGGGCAAGACGGUGGCGAUUGUGCGUGGACCGUACAAGACGUACCGCGGUAUCAUCAAGGAGACGACGGGCGGCAUGGCUCGUGUGGAGCUGCACACCAUGUCCAAGAUCAUCACGGUGCCGCUGGACCACAUGGUGGAAAAGAACCCUGUGACGGGCGAGAGCCGUCGCCUGGUGGGCCCGGGACCGGCCAUGCAGAACCCGUAUGCGGCGCCGAUGAGCGGCGGUAUGACACCCGCGUAUGCAGGCGCUCUUUCUGGCGGCAAGACGCCAGCUUACAAUCCGUACGAUGGCGGACGGACGCCGGCCUAUGGUGCUAUGGCCACGCCGAAUCCAUACGGAGGGCGUACGCCGGCCUAUGGCGCCAUGGCCACGCCGAAUCCGUAUGCAGCAGCGACGCCCAACCCGUACGCUGCCGGCACGACGCCGAAUCCGUACGCAGCAGGCACUACACCCAAUCCGUACGGUGGCCGUACGCCUGCCUACGGUGGUAUGGCAGCCGCCUUUACGCCGAAUCCGUACGCGUCCACGACGCCGAAUCCGUACGCAUCCACGACGCCCAACCCGUACACUUCGGCCACACCGAAUCCCUACGCGUCCACGACACCCAACCCGUACGCGUCCACGACACCCAACCCGUACGCGUCCACGACACCCAACCCGUAUGCAUCCACGACGCCCAACCCGUAUGCAUCCACGACGCCCAACCCGUAUGCUGCAGCCACACCCAACCCCUGGGCCCCUCAGCCGACACCGAUGGCCCCCCUUCUCCCGGGUAUCCGCGUGCGCAUUGUGCGCGAUGGCAGCGGUAUGCAGUACCAGCGCGGCGCGUACGACGGGGCGCUGGGCAAGCUCACCUCCCACAACCCCGCUGGCGGCAAUGUGGAGCUGGAGUCUGGGGCCCAGCUCGCCGAUGUGCCCACCUCGUGUAUCGAGGCACUGCGUCCCUCGGCGGCAGGCGAUGCCUGUAUCGUCAUCAACGGUGCAUGGCGCGGCUCUCAUGUCACCAUCGAGACGUUUGACCCGAGCCGGUGUCAAGUGCGCAUGAGCGAUGGUCACUUGUAUCCCUUGCCCGCGUCACUGCUAGCCUUGGCCGCCUGA